CUCGUCGGGGUGGACCUCGGCGGCGCUGUUUGGAUCACCCGGCUGCACCCAGCAGUGGUCUCUGGUUGUCUGCCUGAAGGGUUUCCUCAGGCCGGGACCCAGCGCCGUGCACACACGCUUGCCGUGGGCACCAUGAGCCGCCUGGGCUCGGUGCAGCGGAAGAUGCCGUGCGUGUUUGUGACGGAGGUGAAAGCCGAGCCCUCGGCCAAGCGGGAGCAUCAGCCAUUCAAAGUUUUGGCAACUGAAACUCUAAGUGAAAAGGCGUUAGAUGCAGAUGUAUACAAUGCAAUUGCAACAGAAAAAGUGGAUGGAACGUGUUGUUAUGUUACUAACUACAAAGGUCAGCCAUACCUUUGGGCUCGACUUGAUAGAAAACCUAACAAGCAAGCUGACAAAAGAUUUAAAAAAUUUCUUCAUUCAAAAGAAAGCUCAAAAGCGUUUCUUUGGAACACGGAGGAAGAUUUCAAGCCUGUCCCAGAGUGCUGGAUACCAGCAAAGGAAAUAGAACAACAGAAUGGGAAGCCGGUACCUGAUGAAAACGGACACAUUCCUGGUUGGGUACCCGUGGAAAAGAACAGCAAGCAGUAUUGUUGGCAUUCCUCCGUAGUGAAUUAUGAGUUUGGAAUUGCCCUGGUACUAAGGCAUGAUCCUGAUGAGCCUGGGCUUUUGGAAAUCAGUGCUGUGCCCUUGUCAGAGCUUUUAGAGCAGACCCUGGAGCUGAUAGGAACGAACAUCAAUGGAAACCCAUACGGGUUAGGGAGCAAGAAAUAUCCCUUGCACUUUCUUAUACCACAUGGAGCAUUUCAAGUAAGAAAUCUGCCUGCACUGAAACACAAUGACUUGCUGUCCUGGUUUGAAGACUGCAGAGAGGGUAAAAUUGAAGGGAUUGUAUGGCAUUGCGGUGAUGGCUGUUUAAUUAAGGUUCAUCGCCAUCAUCUUGGUUUAUGCUGGCCACUUCCAGAUACUUACAUGAAUUCCAAACCAGUUAUUGUUAACAUGAACCUUAACAAAUAUGACUGUGCUUUUGAUAAUGAGUGUUUGUUUAAUCAGUUUUUGAAAAUAGAUAAACAGAAAUUUGAUAGGCUUAAAGAUAUAAUGCUUGAUGUAUAAAAUGGAAAUAUAGUUGACAUAGCCUAAUGCUUGAUGUAUAAAAUGGAAAUAUAGUUGACAUAGCCUUAAAGAUAAAAUGCUUGAUGCAUAAAAUGGAAAUAUAGUUGAGAUUAUUGCAGUUUUCUAAUAUCGAAGAGUCUGCUAUGUUUACAGAGGUUAAAAUAACUAAAUGUUCUGUUUAAUUUUGCUAGCUAUUUGGUAAAACAUGUCAUAACUAACAAACAUUUAUGUAUUGUAUUUAUCAAAAUCAUAGGAUUUGAAUAUCUUAACACAAAAAUAAGAAUAAAAUAAUUACAUCUGAAACAUUAAUUUUAAAUGGUAAAAUUGUUACAACUUUACCUUUAUGCCUUUAGAACAUUUACGACAUGAAAAUAGGAAUAUCUAUCAUAGCUCAUUGUGCACUGUAUAGUCAAAUUAUUCACAUCUUCAAAAAUAUACUUUUUCUUCCAAGUUAAAACUAUAUAUGACUUUAUUUUUAAGUAAAUAUACAGUAUUUUGACAUGUGAAUUCUGUAGUUCAGAGAGUGCUUGAUUUCCAGGUAGCUGAAAGUUUUUUGAAAAUACAAUUAAAUGGGUCUUAAAUAGGGAAUUGAUUAGGACUUUCUCCAUCUUCCCUCUGUUCAGAAGCAGCAACAGGGCUAGGUAAUUCAAAUCCAAAUUGUUCAGAAAGUUUUUUUAACUUCUCUUCUAAUAGAAUAUUUUUUUUCACUUCUUCCUUAUAAUUGUACUUCAGGUCUUCAAUUUCUUCAAAAAAUGAAGGAUCAAAAUUUUCCAGUUCUUUUUUCAGCUUUUUAAUUUCCUCCUAAAAGUCACAUAUAGGAAUAUAUGAUUUUGGUUUGAAAUUUAGAAGAUUUGAUUACAAACAUGAAAACCCACGUAACCUGAACCUGAACAGUAAAAUAUAAAAACAUUUAACUUUUGUUACUAAGGUUCCAUUGUACCAUAUGAAUAACUUACUAUGCGUGCUUAUAGUAUAGUGAGAUUGAGUCUUUGAACUGUGUCAGAUUUUCUGUUAGGCAAGCAAAAGGGACUCUACUCUUCACUGCACUGAGGUUACUGUCUUAAGAGUUGUCAGUAUUUUCUUUAAAGUUCUGUUUUUACUUUUAUAAUAAUAUUUAUGAUCAUGGAAAUCCUGGGGCAUGUAAAAGUUGAGCACCUGGUGAGGGUAAUGUGAGUGCCAAAGGCUGUUUACACUACCCAAGCAUGAGUCAGGGACUCUUCUAGACUCUUUUGCUUCUCAGUCGUAAGUGGAGCACAGAAGUGUUUUAAGGGAAAGAUCCUGAACAUAAUUUCAAAAGGUACUUAAGAAAAUACCUUUUGCCAACAAAUUAAGAAAUAUUUAAAAAACUGUUGAGGUACAUUUGUUAUAAUUUAAAAAUAAAUUAUUCUCUAGA